CACAAGCUGGCCCUUCCCUCGUUUCUGUCCCGCAGGAGCCUUUGAGUGGGCCCGCGCAUGGACAGCCUCAGCAAUGCCACCAUGCCCUGGGGCUUUCUCCUUCAGGGAUUCUCUGAGUUCCCACACCUGAGGCCCGCUCUCUUCCUGCUGUUGCUGGCAGUGCACCUGGCCACCUUAAGCGGGAACCUGCUCAUCCUGGUGGCGGUGGCCUCAGUGCCCAGCCGGCCGCCCAUGCUGCUUUUCCUGUGCCAGCUGUCAUCCAUUGAGCUCUGCUACACACUAGUGGUGGUGCCCCGCUCCCUGGCCGACCUGGCCUCUCCCAGCCUCAGCAGGGGCAGCCCCAUCUCUUUCCUGGGCUGCGCAGUCCAGAUGCACCUGUUCGUGGCACUGGGCGGAGCCGAGUGCUUCCUGCUGGCCGCCAUGGCUUAUGACCGCUAUGUGGCCAUCUGCCACCCCCUGCGCUAUGCGGCCGUGGUGACCCCCGGGCUGUGCGCGCGACUGGCCCUGGCCUGCUGCCUCGGAGGGCUGAUGGUGUCUGUGGGGCUCACAGUGGCGGUCUUCCACCUGCCUUUCUGCGGCUCCCGCCUGCUGGUGCAUUUCUUUUGCGACAUCACGGCUCUACUGCACCUGGCCUGCACGCGGAGCUACACGGACGAGCUACCGCUGCUCGGCGCCUGCCUGGUGCUGCUGCUGCUGCCCUCGAUGCUCAUCUUGGCCUCCUACGGGGCCAUCGCUGCCGUCCUACGCCGCCUGCGCUCCCCCGAGGGCCGGCGCAAGGCCGCCUCCACCUGCGCCUCGCACCUGGUCGUCACCUUCCUGCACUAUGGCUGCGCCACCUUCAUGUACGUGCGGCCCAAAGCCAGCUACUCCCCGCGGCGUGAUCGAACGGUGGCACUCGUCUACACCAACAUCACCCCGCUGCUCUACCCGCUCAUCUACAGUCUGCGCAACCGUGAGAUCACUGCCGCCAUCCGCAGGGUGCUGGGGCGGUGGCGGCCUAGCCAACCCCAGGGUCAGAGUCUGUGUCAACACUGACAGCAGGCCAGAGUGGGCAGCUCUGCCACCUAAAGUUUCAUCUCUCAGGAGGUGUCUGCAUCGGGAGCGCCACCAGGGGGGACUCAAGGACCAGAUUCAGGAAAGAGAACCUCGAAGUGCUCACAUAGGGCCCCGACCCAACAGUCGCCCCCUCCUCCACCGCUCCCUGGCUGC